CUGCAGGGUCCCAACUGUGACCCACCCUGAGCACACAUGCCCCCAAGGCUCUACUCUCUCCUCCCUCCUCUACUUUCACAGCCCACACCCCUUUGUCCUGCCCUAACCCCCACCCCCAACCGGAACAGAUUGGCCUCAGAUUGGCAGCACGUGGGCAGAUGGGUUUUGUUUUGUUUCUUUAGGUUACAAAACAAAACCAACUGGAAAGAAAACAAGUAAACCCAACCAGUUGUUUGAUUUGUGAGAGUCUUAAAUAACAGCUGUCCCACCACCACCCCACAACCCAUGGAGCUUGCUUUUCUAGAUCACCCUGGUCCCCAAUAACACCACUUUGCCCUGAGGCGUUUGAGUUUGAGAGCCUUGGCCUUCCUGUCCUGUGCCUGUCCUCUGUGUGCUGCUCCUUUCUAUGUAUGUCCUUCCAACAAGUGCCACUUGCAUUGACCUUUUCCUCUGUGCCCCUCAGAUGGUUACCAUGGGCCAGUGCUACUACAAUGAGACCAUCGGCUUCUUCUACAACAACAGUGGCAAGGAGCUGAGCUCCUACUGGCGGCCCAAGGAUGUGGUUGUGGUAGCACUGGGACUGGCAGUCAGUGUUCUGGUGCUGCUAACCAACCUUUUGAUCAUUGCAGCCAUCGCCUCCAACCGCCGCUUCCAUCAGCCCAUUUACUACCUUCUGGGGAACCUGGCCGCAGCUGACCUCUUUGCCGGUGUGGCCUACCUCUUCCUCAUGUUUCACACUGGCCCACGCACAGCACGGCUCUCACUGCAGGGCUGGUUUGUGCGGCAGGGUCUGCUAGACACAAGCCUGACUGCAUCAGUGGCCACACUGCUGGCCAUUGCCGUGGAGCGGCACCGCAGCGUGAUGGCUGUGCAGCUGCACAGCCGCUUGCCCCGGGGCCGUGUGGUCAUGCUCAUUGUGGGAGUGUGGGUAGCUGCGCUGGGCCUGGGGCUGCUGCCCGCCCACUCAUGGCACUGCCUCUGUGCUCUGGACAGCUGCUCACGCAUGGCCCCCCUGCUCAGCCGCUCCUACCUGGCCGUCUGGGCCCUGUCCAGCCUGCUUGUCUUCCUGCUCAUGGUGGCUGUCUACACCCGCAUUUUCUUCUAUGUUCGUCGGCGGGUGCAGCGCAUGGCAGAGCAUGUCAGCUGCCACCCCCGCUACCGUGAGACCACACUCAGCCUGGUCAAGACUGUUGUCAUCAUCCUGGGGGCGUUUGUGGUCUGCUGGACACCGGGCCAGGUGGUGCUGCUCCUAGACGGUCUGGACUGCAAGUCUUGCGAUGUCCUGGCCGUGGAGAAGUAUUUCCUACUCUUGGCUGAGGCCAACUCACUGGUCAAUGCUGUGGUAUACUCCUGCCGUGAUGCUGAGAUGCGCCGCACCUUCCGCCGUCUCCUCUGCUGUCUGUGCCUCCGCCGGUCCUCUCAUGAGUCUGCCCGCUACACACCCUCCACCCGGACAGGCGCCAGCACUCGCAUCAUGCUUUCUGAGAAUGGCCACCCCCUGAUGGACUCCACCCUUUAGCCAGCCCUGGACUUCAGUGGGAUACAGCAAAUGCCAGGUCACACUGCUGACUACUUGUGGAUGUGCCUGGUUCAACCCAAUUUGAAGGACAGAAUUAAAGGCAGACUUUCAGUCUGGAUGGCACACCACCACUGCCAGACCUCCCCAGACACACAGCUCUGUCUGCUCCAGGGCCUGGGGGUAUGUGGUCAUCUCCAGGUGCCCAGGAGAGUGUCAGAUGGGGUCCAGGAAUCUGGCUCUUCAAUCAUCUCAGGUUGUAGGGUUUUUAACGGACAUUUUUCUGUUUUACUGCACAUCCCUGGUAAACCCUGUGGACUGCUUCCUUGUCCGUGGUGGUAUGUGUUAAAAAUAGGAGAUGAGGACUCCUUCAGGCCACACUGCCUAAAAUAACAAGGAUGGAUCAUGGAUGCACCAUCUGCCUGAGGCUGACUCUUCAGGGGCACAGUGUUUAUGGCCCUGUGAGGCCUCUGGGCUCGCCUGUCCCCGUUAGACUUGAGGGGGGCAUAUUAAGGAGUAAACCUUUCUUUCUCCUC